AUGUGCCAGCUCAAUAUACUCGACUACGCUAAGCUCCCCGGAGGCUGUGGCCACUUGUGGAUUCAGAGUGUAGAGCAAUGCUCUGAAGCUGAAGAAAAUGCCACUCCCUGCAAGGUCCUGUGCGAAGACCUGACCCGCAAAGUUAUUGUUCCGAAGACACCGCUUUUCACGAGAGUCAAGAAAUUCUUCAAGGGUGGUGACGUGGUAUGA